AAGUCACGUUCAAUUGCAUUGACAUCAAAUGGAAACCCAGCAACCCAUCAGCCGUAUUGUUGUGUCGUGAUUAUCUGAGUUAUUGUUUGUAGUCCCCAUUAUGAGCAGUGCAUUUGUUAACCAAACGGCCGAAUCCACCCGGACACAUUUAAGCGGGGCGCCGGGACGCUGUUGCCGUGACAACUUUUCGUCAGCAACGUCAUCGAUAUUUAGUUAGUUAAUACGCUUGUGAUUUUAGUGUAUAGCUCUAUUGUUUUGACAGAGACGACACAAUGGCUAAAUCUACACCAUUCGAGUGCCUCGUGAAACACGACAGUCCAGUUUUGGUCGAAAGAUCAAACGGAAAAUUCACAACGCCCAAAUCCACAGCUGCUGAUGACCCCAGGCUGGAAAACAUCCUCAACCGCAUCCUUCCACCCAGGUGGAGCCCCCACCGUCUCGCACGGUUGAACAAGUACGAACCGCAUCGUUGUUUUGUCUCUCUGCUCCUGCGUGGCAGGGAAUGGGUGGAGGGAGACCAGCUGUGGGCGCAGCAGGUGUCCGUGGCACCGUGUACCAGAGAAGACGUCAUUGGCCUACAGGAACUGCUGGACGAGAAGCUGCAGCAGUGGCAGGCCAGGGGAACGGGAAUCUGUCCUCUCCGCAGGGAGCUCUUUUCCCAGUGCUUUGAUGAGCUGAUCAGACAGGUGACCGUCGAAUGCGCUGAGAUGGGUCUGCUGCUCCUGAUGGUCAGAGACGAGAUUCAAAUUACCCUGGCCGUGUACCGGGCCCUGAGCCAGAGCAGCGCGGCUUUUGGAAUGAGGAAAGCGCUGCAGGCCGAGCUGGGGAAGAGCGACGGGGAGAAAACCGUUUGUGAUCUGGGGGAGGAAGAACGUGAAGAGCUGUGGAAGCAACUGAACCAGCUGACAGCUUACAAAAAACAUUUAGACAAGAGAGAAAAGGAAAGGCGACAGGUGGAGGAGAAGAUUCACACCCAAGAGGUUCAGUUCCUGAAGAGAAUCAACCAGCAGCUCAAGGACCAAGUGACAGCGAUCGCUGAUGCAAAGAAGUAACUUUGCCUCCAUUUCCCAGAAAGCAAUGUGCUUCUUAAGUGGUUUCAGUUGCAAUAAAUAUAUUUCUCAAUUCUGAAAAGAUUAAAAAAAAAGGUUUUCUUUCAAACACAUUUCUGUGUUUUUUUCACAUGAGCACCGUGGCUAAUCCAGAACACAGUCUACCGUUCCUAGUACACAAUGUCAUAUUGGUAUUUUUUGUCUCGUUUCAAAAUAAAAAAUGA